UUUCCUUCUUGUUUUAUUGACCACUUGAGGGGAAGAAAGAUUCUUUUUUUUUUUCUUAUUUCUUUUGCAGCAUAUCAAACUAUAUUUCUUUGUUGUAGAUUCUGUCAAUCUAUAAAAUACGCCAUUAGGCUAUUUUAUUCUAUUGCAUCAACCACUCUAUACCUCAUCACAAUCACAACAUGAACAGUAAUUACGGCAUUCCAAUAGCACCACCGCUUGAAACCACUCAAUACAAUCGAACCCAACGCUCAUCAGCACCUUAUCCUACACCUUAUAUUAAAAGAGAAUACUCAAACCGACCUCAUUCGCCUUGUAAGCGUGUCAUGUAUUACCAUAGUUACAAACCCGAAAUGAAACAAAAUAUGACACCCAAGAAAAGAAUAGAUUUUACACAGAAAUUGCCAGCUGAACUUUGCAUCUAUAUCAUCUCGCUUGUCGAUUUCAAUACAUUGCUUGUGGUGCCUAAAGUAAGCCGCGCAUGGGCCAACUUGUUUUAUGUGGACGAAUUAUGGAAACUGCGCAUGAUAGAAAGCAAUUGGCGGCUCAAAAUUCCACCCACGAUUGACUAUCUGACAGAAGAAGAACAAAGCUGGUAUUAUUGGUUUAAGCAGCGCUACCAACUUGAGAAACGCUGGCAGAUUGGUAAAGUGGCUUCUCAUUACUUAAUUGGUCAUCUAGAUAGUGUUUAUUGCUUACAGUUUGACGAUGAAAAGAUUGUGACUGGAAGUCGAGAUCGUACUAUCAAGAUAUGGGAUUUACACCAAUACCAGUGCACAGAUACACUGGAAGGCCAUCAAGGCAGUGUUCUUUGCUUGAAAUAUAAUGAUGAGGUGAUCGUGUCUGGUUCUUCUGAUCAUACUGUUAUCAUUUGGAGUAUGAGAACAAAACGUAUCAGGGGUAGACUUCAUGGUCAUUCUUCUGGUGUAUCUGAUGUCUCAUUUGAUCAUCGUUAUAUUAUUAGCUCAUCAAAAGACGCUUCUGUUCGUAUUUGGAGUAGCAGUACCUUCCAACCCAUUCGCAUGAUUAUGGGUCACCAUGGUCCUGUCAAUGCUAUUCAGUUCAAGGGUGAUUACCUCGUUUCGGCCUCAAGUGACGCAGUCAUUAAACUUUGGGAGGUAUCUACAGGCAACUUGAUUCGUGAAUUUGCUGGUCAUAAACAUGGUUUAGCUUGCGUCGAAUUUGAUGGUAAAAGAAUCGUGAGCGGAUCCAACGAUCAUACAAUUCGUGUUUGGGAUGCGGAGACAGGUUUAUGCACCAUGGUCUUUGAAGGACAUUCAGGGCUUGUUCGAACACUUCGUUUUGAUGGCGAAAAGAUCGUAAGCGCUAGUUAUGAUCAGAGUAUUCGUGUUUGGGAUACAAAUUCAGGAGCCUGUCUUUUGAAUUUCCAAAGUGGGCAUUCAAGCUGGAUCUUUGACGUUCAUUUUGAUAAGAAGCGUAUUAUAAGUGCCAGUCAAGAUAGAAAAAUACUCAUCAUGGACUUUGCUCACGAAUUGAAUACAAAGUGCCUUGAUUUAUAACUCAAGAUUCUGGCCUCUAAAAAAAAGAUCUCGACCUUUCGUAUCAUUUCCCUUUCUGUACAGUUUUACCUUUUUUCUUUGCACCCAUAUUGUUCUUAGUAAUUCUUAUAAUUUCACAUAUAUAUACACAUACACACACAGCAUUUAUAUAUAAUAUAUACGUAAUGACACAUCCAUUGUUAUAAAUAUCCCCUCCAUUUGCAUUUUUAUAUAAAUCGCAUUUCUUUUAAAAAAGG